AUGUCAGAGGAAUCCAAUAAUAUCAAAGUCACAGUUCGCGUGAGGCCGCUAUUACCGAGGGAGCUAACUAAGAAUGACAACAUCCCCGAACCAUCAUGUUUAGUUUCCAUGCCAACAAAUGAUCCAAAAAAGCUAGUUCUAGAAGUACCCAAAUCUGCAACACCAGGAGGGAAUGGUAGUGGUAGUAACAGUAGGCUGACAUCUUCUACUGAAGAGAGGAAGAUUUAUUACUUUGAUGAAUGUGUAUGGUCAUUUGACAAGCAACAUCCAAAUUUCACAGACAAUAAGAAAUAUUAUGACAAAACAGGAUCAGAACUUUUAACUCAUUUAUUCGAAGGUUAUAAUGUAUGUUUAUUAGCAUAUGGACAAACAAGUUCUGGGAAGACCUAUACCAUGAUGGGGAACAAAAGAGAGCCAGGAAUAAUCCCAUUGCUUAUGAAGGAUAUACUAAAACAGAUGGAAAUUUCUGUUCAUCAAAGAAUUAAUUGUGAACUUAAAUUAUCAUAUGUAGAAAUCUACAAUGAACAGGUAAAAGAUUUAUUAGGGAAUGGAGGAAGUUCAGUGAAAUGCAAAGUUAGAGAACAUCCUCAAACUGGUCCCUAUGUCGAAAAUGUCCUUGAGCAUCGUAUUAGUGAUUAUAAUCAUUUUUUGCAAUUAUUGAGCAAAGGGAACCACGCUAGAUCAACAGCUUCAACUUCAAUGAAUGAUACUAGUUCUAGAUCCCAUGCCAUUAUAACUCUUACGUUGAAACAAACCAGAUUUGAGUCAGUGAAUGGGGAACUGGACCUAGGUGAUGCAGCAGAAGAAAUGAUUUCAAAUAUCAAGUUAGUAGAUCUUGCCGGUUCAGAAAGACUUUCAAAGACUAAAUUAUACGGACAAAAAGAUAGAAUAAAAGAAGGGACAUUGAUUAAUAAAUCAUUGACUGUUCUCGGAAGAUGUAUAAAUCUAUUGGCAACUAAGAAUCCAUCUAAACCAAACGUUCUUGUACCGUAUCGUGAAUCAGCAUUGACUUAUAUAUUGAAAGAGAAUUUAUCAGGAAAUUCAAAGACGUGUAUGAUAUUUUGUGUUUCUCCAAUUGAUUUCGAAGAGACUCAUCAGACAUUAAACUAUGCUAAUGAAGUUAAGAAAAUAACAACUACAGCCAAGGCGAAUAAGACUAGAUUGGUUAACGUACCAGUCAAUUGGCAAGAAUUGCAAAAGACCGAUAAGACAAUUAUUGAUUCUUUGAAGAAUGAGAUUGAAGUUCUUACCUCAAAACUCAAUCGUUUGGAAUCUUCAGCAAGUGCAAAUGUAAAGGUAGAUCAAGAAGUAUCUAAAUUUGAUAAAAUUAUUGAAUAUCUUGAGAGUGAAUCUGCAAAAGUUAAAUUUGAGAAUAAAUAUUUGAAACUGUUAUUGGUUAAAAAGAAUAAGCAUAUUGAGGAAUUGGAUAAACAUAUGACAUAUAUUGAACAUCUGUAUGAUCUGUUAUUCACCCAAUACAAACAAUCUCAAAUGUUGAAUAUAGAAAAAGCUAAAGAGCAACUUCUUGAACAAACCCAAUCUAAUAUUUCCAAUAUUGAGAUUGAUUUACUAGAAUUUGAUCCUGCUAAAUUCUUUUAA